AGAUUUCCAGUUUUACGCUUUCUUAUUUUCUACUUCACGGAUUGUGAACUUGCACUUGGACGGCUCAAGUUGUCCGAGUUUUCGGUUCCAAGAAUUGGUGUGCGAAAGAAGAACAUAUCACCGAAUGAAGUUUGCAUCUAUAUUAUGGAAGGACUAGGUGAUGAAGUAGCUCCAAUAGAUGCAGCUGAGGGGGCUCACCUUCAGGGCAAAGAGGUUGAGUAUUUAGUGAAACCUGACAGCUGCAACAUGUUGGAGUCCCAAGAAAUGGUUAUACCGGGUGAGGUUAAUGCUCUUGAGAGCUCAUUCCAUGUCCUUGGAGAGGUGUUGGAAGGUAAGAAUGUGUUUGAACAGGGGUGUACCAGCCCUCGCACUAUUGAUGAUGCAAAUGACAUGGUUGAAGAGUUAACUGUGAGAAAUUACAAUGGUUCUAACUUACCCAUGGUUGGUACAUCAAAUAAUAGAGAAAGAAUGCAGUUGAGGCAGAAUCAUUGGCAACAGUUUUAUCAGUUGGUUGGUGGAUCAGGAAGUGGGGGUUCUUUUGGCAACAGGGACAACAGUCAGGCAAUGCCAAGUCUGUCACAGGAUGUAGGGUAUGCUGAAUUUCUUGGUCACAAACCUUUGAGUGAUGGGCGGAAUGAAGUUGCAGAACAAUUGAUGAGAGGUGACAUUAAUGAGGUUUCCGGCAGUCAGCUAUUGCAUGGAGGUAUCAAGACAAAGAUUCUAUCAAAAUCAGGAUUUUCUGAAUUUUUUGUUAAAACUACAUUGAAAGGUAAGGGGAUUAUAUGUAGAGGUCCAUCUCAUGAUGCCACUAGAGUUGAGCUUAGACAUCUGAAUAACACAAAAUCUACUGGGGGAACUAUGGUGGCUCCUAAUCCUCCAUUGAAGGCUGCUGGAAGCCCUGUAGUGGCUUCUAAUACGUCACUAAUCUUGGGUGAUAGAACUGGUAUGAAUUCUUCCAAUGGGAUCGUAGGGCCAAGGACCGGUGAGUGUGAUCAUGGUGGGAUGAACUUGAGAGAAUGGCUGAAAGCUCAGUGUCACAAGGCAAACAAAGCUGAGCGCUUGUAUAUAUUCAGACAAAUUGUGGAUCUGGUUGGUUAUUUUCACUCUCAGGGAGUUGUUUUGCAUGAUUUGCGCCCAUCUCGCUUCAAGUUGUUGCAAGCUAAUCAGGUUAAAUAUAUUGGUUCUGGUGUCCAUAAAGGUCUUCUAGAUACUGUCCUGGAUAAAGAUUUCCCCCCUUCAGAGAACUUUCUGAUUCGGAGAAGGCCAAUGGAGCGGGGGAUGGUUUCCUCAGUUGGUCAUUGUGCCAAAAAGCAGAAGUUCAAUGAGAACGCAAACAUGACUCAGUGGCCUGUGUUUCAUUCUAGAGCUGGCCUCAAAAUUGAAACCAUAAAUAAUACCCAAUUUUCUUACAAUGAAUCCAGUGAAGAUUGUCCAAAUACAGAAUUUAGCAACUCUGGGAGCCUUCAUGCAUCUAAUUUAGCUCAACAGCAGUCAAUCUCUGUGAAUGAGCAGUUGGAAGCCAAGUGGUAUGCAAGUCCAGAGGAACUUAAUGCAGGUGUUUGCACAAUUUUAUCAAAUAUUUACAGUUUGGGUGUGCUGCUUUUUGAGUUGCUUUGUCGUUUUGAAUCUGAAAGAGCACAUGCUGCAGCAAUGUUAGAUCUAUGUCAUAGGAUUUUUCCUCCUACUUUUCUGUUAGAAAAUCUCAAGGAAGCUGGAUUUUGUCUUCGGCUACUUCAUCCAGCACCUUCUUUACGUCCAACAACCAGGGAUAUCCUACAUUCUGAAGUAAUUAAUGGAUUCCAGGAAGUAUUUGAAGAAGAAUUAUCAUCAUCCAUUAACCAAGAUGAUACUGAAUCAGAGCUAUUAUUUCAUUUCCUUAGUUUAUUGAAAGAGCAAAAGCAGAAGCAUGCGUCGAAAUUAGUGGAAGAUAUUACAUGCUUAGAAACUGACAUUGAAGAGGUUGAGAGAAGACACUCUUUGAGAAAACCUCUAACUUAUCCUUUCAUUAAUGUGAGGGAAUGUAGGUACCUUGGUAAAGAACCUUCAAUUUCAGAGACGCAUUCUGGUUUAUACCCAUUUUCCAGUGCCAACGAAAUGAGAUUAACGAGAAAUAUCAAUCAGCUUGAAUUUGCUUAUUUCUCUGCGAGAUCGAGAGUCCAGUUUCGCGAAACUGAUUCUAUGACACGGCCAGAUAAGGAUUUAUUAAAAAAUUGUAAGAACUGGCAUUUGGCACAAAAUGAUGAAGAAAUACCAAACCCUACUGAUAGCGUUGGAGCCUUCUUUGAUGAUUUUUGUAAGUAUGCUCAAUAUAGCAAGUUUGAAGUUCGUGGAAUAAUGAGAAGUGGGGAGUUCAACAACUCUGCAAAUGUAAUCUGUUCUUUGAGUUUUGAUCGUGAUGAGGAUUAUUUUGCUUCUGCCGGCGUCUCUAAGAAAAUAAAGAUAUUUGAGUUUAAUGCACUCUUUAAUGACUCUGUUGAUAUUCAUUAUCCAGUCAUUGAGAUGUCGAACAAAUCAAAGCUUAGCUGUGUUUGCUGGAAUAACUAUAUCAAGAACUAUCUGGCAUCAACUGACUAUGACGGUCUGGUUAAGUUAUGGGAUGCAAGCACCGGUCAAGCUAUCUCUCAUUACAUCGAGCAUGAAAAGAGAGCUUGGUCUGUUGACUUUUCUGAGGUAUAUCCAACAAAAUUAGCUAGUGGCAGUGAUGAUUGUUCUGUGAAACUAUGGAACAUUAAUGAGAAAAGCUGCUUAGGCACCAUUAGGAACAUUGCAAAUGUCUGCUGUGUUCAGUUUUCUACUCAUUCCACUCAUUUACUGGCAUUUGGAUCUGCGGAUUACAAAACAUAUUGCUAUGAUCUUCGGAAUGCCAGAGCCCCAUGGUGUGUUCUUGGUGGUCAUGAUAAAGCUGUGAGCUAUGUGAAAUUCCUGGACUCAGAAACUUUAGUUACUGCUUCCACUGACAACACAUUAAAACUUUGGGACCUCAAUAAGACUAGUAGUGGUGGCCUGUCCUCUAAUGCUUGCAGCUUAACCUUUCGUGGACAUACUAAUGAGAAGAAUUUUGUGGGAUUAUCCAUUGCUGAUGGUUAUAUAGCUUGUGGUUCAGAAACGAAUGAGGUUUAUGCUUACUAUAGAUCUCUGCCCAUGCCAAUAACUUCACAUAAAUUUGGAUCUGUUGAUCCGAUUUCUGGGAAAGAGAUUGAUGAUGACAACGGGCUGUUUGUAUCAAGUGUUUGCUGGAGGGGGAAAUCAGACAUGGUUGUUGCUGCAAACUCUAGCGGAUGUAUUAAAGUGUUGCAGAUGGUUUAAGGAGAAGGUUAAUUGCCGAGAACCAUCAAUAGCUGGCAUUAUUUUUAGAACCUUAAGGUUGCCAAGGUUUCUUGUGAAGUCUUAUUCUUAAGCAGUGAAGCCAUCUUGGUUUCAGGCAAAUAUGUCAUUCAUGGUAGGACGCUGAUUCCGCUCAGAGGAAGGGCUUUGAUGCAUGGAAUAUACUUUGCAGAGUAAAGUCAGCCAAAGUGGAGUUAGGGUUCCAGAUUAUCAAAUUAGCCAGAACUAGAUUCCAAUGAAACUCGUAUAGGUUUAAGAAUCUGGAAUAUCCUGAUGCCUCCAGGGUGUAGGCUUAAGAAUCUGGAAUAUCCUGAUGCCUCCGGGGUGUCCCGAGAUAGAGAGAAUCAAAUUGUAAAUAUGGGAAAGAAAAUUUGAGCUAGAGAUAACUUUUCUAUAAGAGGCUGUCGGCCGCGGUUCAUGGAGCAAGACUGUGUUAUUAGGAUGUGUCUUCUGCUAUUGCACCAUGAAACAAAUGUGCAGUCCUUUUAAGCCUUUCCAAUAAAGGACUAGUUUUACAGGGGUUUUUUUAUUGAUACAGCUUAGAGGUAUACUUUGAUAAUUUACUCGAUUCUAGGGAAUUCUUUAUUGGGUUGUAACUAAGCAUUCUAUCAUUCCAUGUAAACCAAGGUUUUACCUCUGUAAAUCUACAAAUUUUGACGUAUAUGAUAGUUUUGGCUUUAAGAUCAAACGCGUUUCUCUUCUCUUAUUUGGUUGCCAGGUUUUUAUUUGUUUUCCUGAGUUCACAACAAUUACAUGAACUUUGCUUCUUCUUCAGAAGAUCAGAAAUGUUUCAGGCAGAAACUCUUAAUGGACUAAUUUUCAUGGAAUAUUUACGAGCUAAUUGCAAAGUCUCAAGUAGAAACCAGCCAAAUGUUUUGAACAAGAGAUCAGUAUAUUGUGCCUCA